AGGAGGAUUUAUUAUCGAAGCCGCAUUUGUCGAGGAGAGUGCGUGGGAAAGACAGUCAUCAGACUGUGCCAUUGCAUCUGAUCCCAAGCCAUCCAUGCAUUGGACUAGAGAUAGAAUCUGACAGCACGAGAUAGCAAGAAAGAAUAGUACACUGUACAUGCAGAAUGCUGAGACGAAAAGCAGGCAAGGAUCUGGCAGAGACGGACACGAACUCCCAGGUGUCCAUUCCUCUGGGUGGUGCUACCGUUGGUACCGUUGGUACUAGCAGUGGUAUCUAUAGUAGUGGAGAUGGCGGAACCGCGACACAAGCCCGCCAUCGUCGAAAACGAAAGAGCCACGGAUGGAUGAAAUCUUGUUGGGUACGGUUAUCAGGGAUCAUACCAGGAUCUACCAGUAGCAGGUCUUCCCGCAGAAAGAUUGAGUCUGGGUUGGCAGCCAACCAUUUGCAGAUGCACACAAAUUCCAGGGCAAAGGACAAGUGCACUGGUUGGAUUGCAAUUGUGUUUCUACUAGUGGUCUUGCUAGGAGCAUUCCACUACUAUACAGGUACCCUGGAAAUUGCCAAACACAAGUACUUAGUCCUACCAUCCAACACCAACCUACCAGAAAGCUUGAUUUCUGAAGUACUAGAAUCAGAGUUGCGAUUAUCCAUAGAAGACCAUGAGGCACUCUCACUAUUGAUACUGAUGCAUGCAGAUUCCACGACGACAAUAAGACGAGGAAUCCACUAUCCCAGAGAACUGGGCCAUAAACAGCAAAGGGAGAUGCAGUAUGUGGACUUUGGAAACAUCCACUUGAGACUCCUCCCCAAUGAUGAGCAAAAGAGACAAAUAUACAGACUCAUUCAAGACUUGCAGGGAGAUCCAAGGAGUCUCAAUGAGGCCAGAGACGAUGACUAUGAUGGAUACUAUGCAUUUGAUGAUGACAUUGAGAAGAAUCCUUACAGUGACUACGAUGACUACACUCCUUCCAUGGAAGGACGAUGUCGUAGGGUGGCCUGGCACAGGUACAAUCUUCCGAAUUGCAAUGCCAUGCAUGAACUGGACCUGGUCACAAAUACACCAAGAUUUGUGGGGGAUGGCGCCUAUCGUGAAGUCUUUGUCACGGAACAGCCUUACAUGGCAGCCCAAGAACAAAUGAUAUUCAAGGAAAUACGCUGGGACUUGGAUCACGGCGUGGAUAGCUUUGAAUAUGUUCGGAUGGAUGCCUUUGUCACGGAACGACUCACUUCCAACCAACACAUUGUCGACAUUUUUGGAUUUUGUGGGCUAUCCAUGCUCACCGAGUACUUUCCGUUUGGUGAUAUUGAAAAGGAUGUGGUGGGCUUUCAGGAUCACGACAAGAACUUUAAUCCAUUGAACGACAAAGUACUCAAGCCACUCAACAACUAUACCGCAGCGGAGAAACUACAAUUAGCAUUGAACAUGGCGGAACCAGUGGCGGCUCUUCACAACUUCAAGGACGGAGUCAUUGUGCACGAUGAUAUACAGUUGUGUCAGUAUCUAUGGACAGAAGAAGAGGGAAUUGGGGUCAAACUCAAUGACUUUAAUCGGGCUGAAAUCAUGUUGUGGGAUGAGCAGGCACAACAGUAUUGCAAGUACAAGAAUGGAAGGGGUCAUGGUGAUUGGCGUGCUCCAGAAGAGUUCAAAGAUCUCCCUCUAGAUGAAUUCAUUGACGUAUGGUCAUUGGGAAACAACUUCUACUCGCUGUUAACCGGUGUCUACCCCUAUUUCAAUGUCGAGAAAGACAAGGAUAUUCAGCAAAUGGUAAAAGACGGCGAGAAGCCACUCAUUGAUCCACGAUACGUAGACUCUUCAUUUGCAGAACGGAAGCUGGUAGAUGUGAUACUUCGAUGCUUUGAGUACGACCCAGAGUUGCGGGCAGACAUCAACGAGAUCAGGCGAAUGCUCAAGGAAGCUAUAGUUGAAAAUGAACAAAGGGAGAAGGAAAAAGCCAAACGGAUAGCAGAGGCUAAACGAAAAGAAAGGGAGGCCGCUUCGAAACAGGUAGAAGCUAAUAGAGCUCGGCAGGCGGAGGAAGAAGCCCAAGAUCAAUCUGAGGCCGAACGUCUGCGAAUCGAAGAAGAAGCACAGGAAAAGGCGGAAUCGGAAAGGAUUGAACAGGAGGCACUUCGGAGGGCUGAUGAGCAAAUAAGGCAACAAGAAGCGGAGAAACGCUCACCAGCCCAGCGGGAUGAGCCUCAGGAAUAAGCUGGGAAACAAGCCAAGGUUGAUGGAAAGAACGAAGAGGACGGGGCUGUAGCCAAGGAACAACGAGGUAGCUGAACAACUUCGCGACGUCGCCCGGGAAGGAAAUUAAGGAGGACUCCACGUGAACAAUUAACUCAACCAACGGAUUCCCAGCGCGCUAGUUUGCCGAGUGAGAGCCAAGUUUGCUGCUGGCCCGUGCCUGUAUGUAGACUACAGCAAGAGCAUACUGAGCGCCAAGAGGACACCACUGACCAUGCUUGUUUGUGCAGCUGCCAUAGCUCCUGAAUUUCGCAAGUUGCUAACGUCCCGGUCUUCUUCGGCGUCGAUGGUUCGUUCGACGGCUGCCACUUCAGUUCCGACGUCGGCAGCCAUGCUACAGAUUUCCGGCCCGGUCAUGUUCAAGAACUCUGACGGAUGAUAACAGGUUUCAUCCUUUUAAUAAAAUAGUGCAGGGGCACUGGGAGCAUAACAUCCACCCGCAAUCCAGGCACAGUCGAUUCGGCUAUUGAGACAUGGUUCACAUUCGGGGAAUCCAGUGCAGGGAUGAUCAUCCAUUGCUGUUGCAUUGUUGGCAUC